GCAACCGCCUGCCCGGGGACCCCCCCUCCGCCGCCGCCCCCCAGCGCGGCUUCGGCCUCCUCCUCCUCCUCCUCGUCCUCCUCGCCGUCGCCGUGCCCCACGCGUAGGAGGCCCCGGACCCACAAUUGGAGACCCCAGACCCACAAUUGGAGACCCCAGACCCACAACUGGAGGCCCAGAGCCACAACUGGAGGCCUGGACCCACAACUGGAGACCCCAGAGCCACAACUGGACCCCCCCUCUCUUGCUGCUCUUCCCCCAUCCCCCCCUAAUUAUCUUUGUUAUUUAUAAUUAAUUAAAGGAUCUCAAUUUGUUACGCUGCCACCUGCACUGUGGGUCCGGGCACCUGGGUCCCAUAUGGGGCAGGGCGGGUCCCCCCCCGCCCCCCCCGGGGCUGUGACUCAGUUUUGGGGGUGACUCAGUGGCUCCCCGCUUCCGGGCCGGGCUAUGGGGCAGAGCUAUGGGGCAGGGCUAUGGGGCAGGGCUAUGGGGCAGAGCCCUAGAACAGGGCUAGCGAUGGAGUGGGGCUGGCCUAUGGGGCGGGGAUGCCGUGGGACGUCCGUGGGGCCGUGCCGUGGGGCAGGGAGCCCGUGGGGUGCCGUGGGCUGCGCUAUGGGGCGGGGAGCCCCGGGGGCCCCCCACCUCUGCCCCACCCUUGAGCGCUGCCAUAAAUUGGGGCGGCAGCGCCCCACGGCACGGGCAGGGCCAGGACGGGGCCGGGAUGUGGGGCCGGGCAUCGGGGGGGGCCCCCCGGCUGCUGCCGCUGCUGCUGCUGCUGCCAGGUGCCGUGGGGCUGCAGUGCCUGAGCUGUGGGGGGGACGCCGGGGGCUGCCGCGAGGCCACCAACGUCACCUGCGACGCCGAGAGCAACGUCUGCGCCGAGGGGCUGGCGGCGGUCACCUGGAGCCAUGGCCGCUUCGCCCUGGGGGCUCGCGGCUGCGGCCGGGGCCAGGUGGGGGCCAACGACCGGGCCCUGGAGCUCUUCGGCCUCGUUGUCUUCGCCCAGCGCCGCCAGUGCGGGGAGGGGGGCUGCAACCGGCAGCUGCCCCUGGUGGGGGACGGGGCCCUGCCCCUGCCCG